GCCAGGCUCACAGAAGAAGGCAGAGCUCCGUCAUGCCCAGCUCAGUGCUGCUAUGUUGCCUGGUCUUACUGGCUGGACUCCCGGCCGGCCGAGGCACAGACACGCAGCCUGAGAACAGCUGUGUCCACUUCCCAGCUGGCCUGCCCCACAUGCUCCGAGAGCUCCGAACUGCCUUUGGCAUGGUGAAGACUUUCUUUCAAAAGCAGGAUCAGCUGGACAACAUGCUGUUAAACGAGUCUUUGCUGGAGGACUUUAAGGGUUACCUGGGUUGCCAAGCCUUGUCAGAGAUGAUCCAGUUUUACCUGGUAGAGGUGAUGCCCAAGGCAGAGAACCACGACCCAGACAUCAAGGAGCAUGUGAACUCUCUGGGGGAGAAGCUGAAGACCCUCAGGCUUCGGCUGAGACGCUGUCAUCGAUUUCUUCCCUGUGAAAAUAAGAGCCAGGCAGUGGAGCAGGUGAAGAGUGCAUUUAGUAAGCUCCAAGAAAAAGGUGUCUACAAAGCCAUGAGUGAGUUUGACAUCUUCAUCAACUAUAUAGAAGCCUACAUGACACUGAAAAUAACAAACUAAAACAUCUAGGAUGGCAACUCUACUGGACUCUCAGUCAUAACAUGGAGAUCUCCAAAAUCUGAUCCAGGAUUCUGAGCCACCAGAACUAGCUCCUUGGAAAACCCCAAUUGUACCUCUCUCCUAGAAUAUUUAUUGCCCAUUCCUAUUUAUUUACUGAGCUUCUCUGUGAAGUAUUUAGAAAGAAGCCCAAUAUUAUAACUUUUUCAGUAUUUAUUAUUUUUCACCUGUUUUAAGCUGUUUCCAUAGGGUAAUACACUAUGGUACCUCUGUGUUGUAAGAGAACUUUUAAUUUAUAUAAGGGAAAAAAAUGUUCCUUGGGGAGCCAACUAGUGCUUCCACUCCGAGCAGGACCACACUUUCUAGCUGGUGAGCUGUUCUUCAUGGCCUCCCUCUGGUUUCUCUUCUGCCUGGCCGUGGAGCUCCUAGAGUACAACAGACUAUCUCCCUCUUAGGAAGAGAAACCAGAGUGCUCCUUUGAUGAUUAACUUUCCAGUAGCUUCAAGAGAUUCCCCUGACCUCACCCUCCAACUACUUCAUUCUUGAAAGCUGUGGCUUGAGUGUUAUUUAUAACAGCCUAAAGUUGGUUCUAAUAGAACUCAGUUUUAACGAGAAGUAAUUCAAUUCCUCUGGGAAUGUUACAUUAUUUGUCUGUCUUCAUAGCA